ACAGGAGUGCGCAGGCGCAGUAGGAAAUCCGAGCGAAAAUGGCGCUGGGCAGCAAGGUUUAUAAUCUCCUGUUCCGGCGCACCUCCUCUUUUACUCUCACGAUUGUGGUGGGCGCCGUGAUUUUCGAGCGGGCCAUGGAUCAGGGCGCGGAGGCCUUGUAUGAGUACCUCAACCAGGGGAAAAUGUGGAAGCACAUCAAGCACAAGUAUGAGAAGUGAAGAGUGAAGCACAGAUGUAGGAUUCCUGCAGGACUUUCUUUGAUCUUCACUUCAAGCCCUUCUUCCUGACCACCAGCUGUUAAGACAGCAAAAGUUCAUCCAUAUGUAUCAGUUCGAGCCAGAGCGCACACUCUCGGGGUGACAGAAAAGCUACCUGGACUCAUGGACUUGUGCCGAAAUGUGGUUUAAUAAAACAAUAUUCUCAGAUAUGUA